AAUGCAACCACAGCUACAUAUUUUGUGCUCGCAUUGUUUCUGUUCGUUCAAUGAUAUUUCAUGCACAUCAAUCGAAACAAAUUAAUGCUUAAAAAGUUCCCUACGCUGAACAUGCGUAAUGAUUAAUUGUCAGCACAUGCGUAUAAAGUUGUUCCCUACGAACAUAACUUAAUCUUCAAAGGAAAUUUUGUAUAUUUAGCAGCAUCCAAUUGAUUCCAAAGAACUUGGGGACAGAAGAAGAAGUCCUCAACAGAGAACAAGAAGUACAAAAUGCCAGCCUCAACUUCGGGUCCCGCCUCCGCGACUGGCGGAGGAGGAUCUUCCUCUUCCACCGCCAAUCUAGGCGUAACAAAGGACUUCUCAACUAACAAGGAGUACUGGAGCAAAUAUGUCCAGCCUUACGUGGCAGAUCGAGAUGAGGGCUAUCAAUUCGAUCCCCUGCAUGUGCCUGAAAGAGACAACUUCGAUCUGAAAUGGCGCCUCGUCAAUAGGGAACCUUACAUAUUGAAAAAGUAUGGCAAGUUUCCGAGACCAGCGAAGGAGAAGACAAUCGAUGACGUGCGUAUGGAAGUCGGGGUACUGCAAUUAAAUAGUUUGUGGUGGGAGUAGAGUAUAAGCUUACUUUAAUUGAAUGUUGUAAACUUGCUUUAAUUGAAUGUUGAACAAAGAACAAAAAUGAUGUCUUAUUCAUCUCAUAUCAACAGAACAAAGAACAAAAAUGAUGUCUUAUUGAUUCAUCUCAACAUAUCAACAUCAACAGAAAGUUCCUCAUGAUUUACAGUAGUGAGAUGACUAUUUCUAAGGUUCUCCUGACACAAUAUCGCUCACUUUCCGUUCCAGGUAGCCCCUCUGAUCUCUCCUCCCUCAAGAGGAAAAUUGUCGCCACGAGGCGGAGAAAGUAGGCAAACGAGUCCAACGCCGAAACCUAAAGCCGCCAACUACGAGAAUCAGAAGCCGGGACCUGAAAUCUACAAGGAAAAUUAAGGCUCAUUCUCACAUUUUCAUUGCAUUCCGCACUCGCAACAUCCCUGACUAUUUUGAAGAAGAAAACGCGCCAGAGAUGUUCUGAAGAUUGCGCGCGCAACUCGUCUGGAACCUCUAAGAAAAGCUAGCGACUUCCACGAGUGCGACAACACUCACAAACUUCGAGCUAGCACAAAUGAGGCUAAAAGAUGGUGAGUAUGUUCUUCUGUAAGUCAUGACUUGGAAGUUUCUGCACUGUAAUGAGAAGAAUCGUUUCAAAUCUAUCUAUGUCCUCCAUAAUUUAGUGUAAGUAACAAGUAAUUCCAUUCAGCAUUGUAGACUUUCACAUAAGAACUACGUUUACCAUUACUUGUAACGACUUUCAUUCUGAUCUCUUACAUAACUCCGUUUACCAUCACUCAGAUACUUACUACGUGCCACCUGGAUCGAAAUUCCAAGCACCGCAUCCGAUGAGUAAUACUCGCUCCGGAUUUAGGGACGACCCUGCCGUGGAUAUGAAGAGGGUCAUGGCCUUGCGAAAACAAGGUGGCGCAGUUGUGCCGACGAGCAGAAGCUUGACUAAUGUACAGUUGUGAAUAUGCCAUGCUUGACUUGAAUAGAAUACCAUAGCUUGAUAGAUCGGAUUCUACCAAUUAUUGAUUCUUUUUCGACGACUUCUUCAUAGCAAAAAACUAGAACUACUCCGAUUUGGAAUUACAAUUCUACAAGCUUGGUUAAACAAUUCUACAAGAACUAUAACCUCUUCUUUGACUUCACGAUUCUUCAAAAAACUAGAACUCCAACCUCAAUCUCUUCAUAUUCCUAACAACUCAUCCAUAAAGCUUCCGCUUGCGUCGAAUCCAAUGGCGACUGAAUUCGGGAGUGUGAAGCAGCUACACAAAUGUCGAAGUACUUCUCCUUUUUUCAUCAAGUCUAUCAAAACUACCCAAGUGCUGAGCAAACUACCCAAACUACAAAGACAUGCAGUUCCUAGUAUAACGCGCAAGUCCACUCAAACCCAUGUGGUCUCUCUUCCCUCCCUCUGCAACAUCUCAUUUCGCUCUUCCCUCCCUCCAAACCACAGAUAAACACAUGCGAUCGUUAGCCGCACCUUGCGAGAUAUUUGAGGGGAAGAUGAUGCAGGCUUCACAGGCUAUCGGAUGGGCACAGGAUGACCCGAGCGUGAAACCUCAUAUGCCCAAAUGCCUGAAAUACAAAGGCCCAGACCACGGCAUAAUGGAUAGCAAAGUGACACAGUACUGAUGACUAUGGAUCAUGUUCAUGUUUAUACCGAUAGCAAAGUGACACAGUACUGAUGAUUAUGGAUUUUCAUGUUUGUACCGAUAGCACAGGCGUGACACAGUACUGAAACUGAUGAUAAAUAGAUGGAAGAUUUUGAUGUUGUUCGUUGAUGUAAAGGGUUGGGUAUGGAUUAGCACUGUAAUUUCUCUUCAUUCGGUUUUACCUGGUGGAUUCGUGUUUUGAGGUGAUGUUUUGAAUGUCACCAGGUACAUGCACAACAUGAGGGCCACGAAUAUGGAAGCGAUUUUGCGAUACGAAGGUUAGGCUUCGUAAUGGCGGAGCAUAUUACAGUUGCAUCGGAGCCAUGCAAUACUGGUCUAGAAAUCGUGGAAGCAUUUUCUUCUGUUGUAGUGUUAGAAGAUUACGAGUCUGUGUGCUCGCAAAAAAUUAACGUACUAUAACUGUCUCUAACAAAAAAUUUGAACUCGUUGUCUACUAAAAAUGUCUUACCAGUUUGCUUGUUUGUUAAAAUGAAUCUACCAUUCUCUCUCAUGGAAAAACACAUGAAAACCUCGAACCAACAUCACGGAUGUUGUGUCUACUAUUAUAAGUCUUAUCUACUAAUCAAAUCGCAUAGUAACUAUGCGAAUUGAAUUUUUGAUGAUGGGGAUUGAUUUCGCGUCGAUUGUAUCUAUUUGGCGAUUUGAUUUUCAAGAAUGGAGAAUCUUCGUUUUUGAGCGAAGGCUCGUCUUGAGGUGUAUUUAUUUUGCAGGAUUAUUGUCGGACAAAGGAAGAUAGAAGG